AUGAGCCGUCUCUCGUUGCCGUGGCUGUACGCCGCCCUGCCGGCUCUGCUGUGGGCCUCGCACGUCAGCCUGAUGGUGGAGGGGGACAACGACGCCUCCAGGAUCUGCAAGCCCGCCCCCCACUGGACGAUAAAGGGGCGCGCGCCCAUGCAGGAGCUGCAGGGGAGCGUGGUGGUGGUGGCGCUGCUGAAGGCCAGCUGACAGUUCUGCCUCACGCAGGCCUCCAAACUUGGAGGCCUGCGUGACAAGCUGAACCGCAGGAACAUGACAGAAGUGUCCUUUAUGGUGGUGAACGAGCGCGAGGCACACUCCAGAGCCAUGUACUGGGAGCUGAAGAGGAGAGCGCCCCCUGGUGUCCCCGUCUACCAGCAGGAGCCGCUUCAGAGUGACGUGUGGGAGGCCCUGGAUGGCGACAAAGACGACUUCCUGGUCUAUGAUAGGUGUGGUCUGCUCACCUUCCACAUCGUGCUGCCUUACAGUUUCCUGCACAACGUCUACGUAGAGGCCGCAAUCAGAGCCACUUAUUUGAGAGACAUCUGCAAUUGCACUGCUAAUUCUUCCUUAUCAAGUGGCAAGAACGAGACAACGCACGUCAACGCCAGCCAGGCAACUACAAUACCCAUAGUUCAACGGGGCACGGACGCUCCGGAGGUGGGAGGGACAGCUCCUGAAGUGACCCAUCACCACCACCUUCAUCACCAUCAUCCUCACCAUCCUCAUCCUCACCCCCUCCAACAACCACCCCACCAUCACCACCAGAAUCAGUCCCAACAUCAGCAUGAUGCAAGUCAGAAUACAACUCUUCAUACUCUCAGUCACCUCCACCACCAUCAGCAUCGUCAUCAGCAUCAUCAUCAGCAGCAGCAGCAGCCUGGCAACCACAGUCAUCCUGGUGGGCUGGAAGUAGAUCAUUAGGAUGCCAGGAGUGUUUUUUACUCGCUUCUUCUCUCUUGCGUAGUGUUUUUUUGCUUUCGGUGGGACUUUUGAGCAGUAAUCAGAUCGGUGGUUUGUCUCAUAUCCAGGAGCACCUCCACCCCUCUGUC